GCUCCGGCCUGUCCACUAUCAGCAGGGGCAAGAAUCAUUCAUUGCAAAUCUCGCGGCAGCAGCAGCCAACGCGCGGUGGAGAAGAUGAGCAUCGUUUUUCCCUUGCGCACGCUGUGGGCACCGCCGCCACCGCCUUUCAUUGCGACGACGACGAUCGGCUAAUAUUCUUGCGCGGGCCGUCGAGUGGAAAAGAAGAAAAAUAAUCGCUCGUUCCGAGUUUUGUGCGCGGAGAGGUGUGUUGUAAUCAAUCGAAGAUUCUUAGCCGUUGGUGAUGGACCGGGCCGGUUACGAGUGAUAUGCUUCGUGAGAGUUUACGGGAUUGGUUUCGAAGGACUGUGAAUAUCAGUGUGUGAAAGGGUCAAACAGGUGUUCAUAUGGUCUGGAAUAUUGUUAACAUUCUGUUAUGCAAAGCUACAGAUCUAUCAUUAGAGGUUUUUUACAAGAAGCAUAUCUGCAGAUAAAUGAUUAUCAUAAGCAGCAUUGAACGAGAGCAGUACAAGAGAAUUUACUUGACGAGUAUAUAGAAAUUCUUGAUGAUUCAUCGAUAAAUAUGAAGUCCAACAUUCUCAUUCACAUCGUUCUGCUGGUGUCACUGGUCCGGGCGGCGUCCAAAUAUUACGAUGGUCCCAUCCGGCCGUACGAAUUCGGUUUCAACAUCGAAGGUCAUCAACAUCGGAAAGAAUCGAAAGACAUAAACGGUAUCAUCAUGGGAGAAUUCGGUUUCAUCACAGCGGACAACGUUUAUCAUGUAACAGUUUACGCCACCGACGAGAACGGCAACUUCAAAAUUGUUAGCAUGAAAAACUACAAGCUGGGACCGACAGCUCCCCCUACAACAACUAGUGCUCCUACAACAACCCCCAUUACAACAACGACCACAUCGACAACCCCGCAACCAUUCCGAAUAAUCACCACUGCCAAAACGGAACCAGCCCCAAAACCAGCCGGAUAUGCCGCCUGCUCAGGAUGCAAAAUUCCGGAAACGACUACUAUGAAACCCUCAACGGAACCAACACUGCCAGAAACCAGCACCCUGUAUGUACCUCCGUUCAAAAUAGUCAACAAAAACGAAAUCGAAAGUGUAACAACGACCGGCAAACCGAUCACAACCACCCCCAGCGACUACCCCAAAUCCUCCCCAGAGGAAACACCGCAAAAGCUCGUCGAUAAGCAGCAACCUUCAUCGAAAGCACCCAGUUCGAAAGAGUCGACAAAACCUCAAUCACCCGAAAGUAUGCAACCGCCCAGCAGAAUACCGUCAUCUCAGCCACUAGAGCCACCAUCCUCCAACAGCGCCGGUGUAAACCCCAACGAAGCUUCCAACUCGAAACAACCCUCCUCCAAGCCAUCACCACAUUCCGCAAGUGGUGGAUCACCCACCGCCCCCAAAGACAAACUCGAUCACAUCAACACUGCCAACAUGAUGAUCCAGCACAUUCUGAACGGGCUGCUGUACCGGUUCAACUACACCGUCGGUUACCACGGCCACCACGAGCAGGGAGACCGCCAGGGUAACAAAGAAGGUGGAUACUUUGCCGUUGGACGGGAUGGCAUCCGGCGGGGUGUCACCUACAAGGCGAACGAAUUUGGCUUCCAGCCGCACAUCAAGUUCGAAAAGGUCAGCCCGGAGGAAACGCCACGGGAGGAAACGGAAAAACAAGCCGGCCUGAAAGGGUUCGAUUUCAAGUGGUUCUGGGGCGGCGAGUCGUGAUCGGGAUGGGUUUGAGGUCGAGAUCGCGAAAUUAGGUGAUAUAUUUGUAAGUGCUAGGGCGUAAGAUUCACUUCAGAAGAAUAAUACUCAGAGUCCCGUUUCGACUUGUACAUAACCAUAUUUAUAGCGCCGCAUGUUCGAUAUUAUAGUCUAAAUUUUGUGGAAUAAAACAUACAUUGUGAA